AUGGGAAUCGAAUCCAUGGAUCAAGGCGCACGGGUACGGAACUUCGUCUUUGCACGACUCUCGCGGUCGCGGGCCAUUGUCCUUGGCCUGAUCGCUCUCUUUCUCACAUUCUACGUGCUUUCGCCGUACGACAGCUCGUUGCGCUCUACACUGCGAUGGCAAUCCACCGUAGCUAGCGACUAUGUCCAACAUUUGCACCCCGACGACAAGUGGCUCUUCAAAGAGCAAAAGUACCCCAUCGACCCUUCCCAAGAUAUCGCCGUCAUUGUCAAGACUGGCUUCGGAACUAGGAAUCGAGUGCCAAAUGUGCUGGCAGCCCUGGGCAACGAGACAUUAGACAACGACGUCCUCAUCAUUCAGGACUACCCCGUGAACACAAGGAAGCCUUACAUCACCGGCAACGCCAAGACUGUAGAGACGGUAGACAUUAUUAGCUGGAUGGUUCAAAACCACAAACUCGCCGACCAUGGAAAGAACGAGAGGCUCAUGAAGUAUGAGCAUCUUGUGGACGCUAUUGAGGAUGAAGACUACUUCAUGGCAGACACUCUGGCCAAGGGAUACGGUUGGGAAUUGGAUGCUAUGAAGUUCAUCUCGGGCCUGCAGUACGCCUGGGAGAAAAUGCCAAAGAAGAAGUGGUAUGUCAUGUCCGACGACGACACAUACGUCAUCAAGUCAUCUCUCGCUCUCGCGCUCGGCCACCUCGACUACAGAGUCCCUCAAUAUCUCGGAAACCCGGUUGGUGACUUUCUUGGACGUUUUGCUCACGGAGGUUCAUCUGCCGUUAUUUCGGGUGCGACCAUGGCCAAAUUGUUCGACAAGAACCCCGCCGCUGUCACCGAAGCCCACAUUGAAUCCAUCAGUGCAGUCUAUGGCGACAAACUGCUGUCAACAACACUUAUGAAGAUCGGAAUCUACCUGAACGAAGAUUAUGCCCGGUUGUUCAAUGGCGAGCCACCACACAUGACCCGAAUGUGGGCAGACCGCUUUUGCCUGCCACUGGUUUCUUUCCAUGGUUUGGGAGACGGUGAUCUCAUGGAGGAGACCAACGAGCACUUCAAACACAUGAAUCAGCCUGUCUUCUGGAGGCAACUGGCCAGCAUCUAUGGUGCUGCUGACUUUCAGUCAUUUGUGGCCGAACCAGUCCGCGUCAACUUGGACUUUGUUGGUCGUCUUGAUGAGCACAGCACGACAGUAGUCAACACCGAAACAUUGGAUGAUUGUGUCCGGAUUUGCGGAGAUCACUCCACCGAGUGCUUGGCUUGGACCUGGGACCAAUUCAGCAAGACUUGCCACUACGCCCCCUGGGCAAUCAUUGGCGACCACAGAGAGGGGUUCCUUUCUGGUAUCAACUACGCCCUGGCACAAAAGCUCACCGAGGGUUGCCACGGGCCGCGAUCACCUGCCGCCGCUACCGAAUAG